ACGAUGAGUCAGGACGCCAUGGACGUUGAUCAAUCUCAGCCCACAACCAGGGCGAGUACUUUACACAAUUUAUCGGCUGGCCCUUUGUCUUCGUCAGCCGCCAAGCUUUCAGGUUCUUCCCGUUGCUUACCUUCGGACAAAGACUUUCACUUUUACUACAACUUCGACGAAUUUAAGAGACCAAUUGGAGAAAUUGCGAAAAAAUCUCAGACAAUGCUGGAAGCCAUCGGCAGCUCGGCGCAUUUAUGGGGCAAGGAGAUUGAUUUACCCAUGGAUAUCGACGAUGCAUAUGACUGGCUGGUUAAUGUGAAUGACGAGGUUUUUGAGCGGUUCGAUGUGUCCUUCGAUGAGUUUCUUAGGAUUAGGAAGAAAGAGGAGGAGACAGGGCGUCCUACGAGUUCAUUGCCCGACUCGGACGACGGGUUCCAGUUGGUUUAUGGGAAGAAGAAGAAGAAAGGAGCUAAUAAUCCGGGAGCUGGGAAAGUAGAGGAGCCAGAUUCAAUUCCUGCCUCCUGUGUUAAAGUGGCCGCAAAGGACAGGAAAACGACUGGGUCGAAGCCAAAGGUUCCGUUUCAUAUACCAACAAUUAGGAGACCUCAGGAUGAGUAUAACAUUCUAGUCAAUAAUUCGAACCAGCCUUUUGAGCAUGUUUGGUUGCAGAGGAGUGAUGAUGGCCAGAGGUUUAUUCAUCCGCUGGAGAAACUCUCUGUAUUGGAUUUCGUUGACAAAGAUCUUGGGGAUUUUCAACCUAGGCAGCCUUCCCCGCUGGAAUCCACCCCUUUCAAACUUGUGGAGGAUGUCAAAGGUUUGAAGGAAUUGGCUGCAAAGCUGCGUGCUGUUAAUGAAUUUGCGGUGGAUUUGGAACAUAAUCAAUAUCGGUCCUUCCAAGGCUUAACUUGCUUGAUGCAAAUCUCAACCAGGACUGAAGAUUUUGUUGUGGACACUUUGAGGCUUCGGAUUCAUGUUGGGCCCUAUCUAAGGGAAGUAUUCAAGGAUCCUUCCAUAAAGAAGGUCAUGCAUGGAGCCGAUCGAGAUAUCAUUUGGCUUCAACGAGAUUUUGGCAUUUAUGUUUGCAAUUUAUUUGACACUGGCCAGGCCUCAAGAGUAUUGAAAUUGGAAAGAAAUAGUUUGGAAUAUCUUCUGCAUUACUUUUGUGAGGUUACUGCGAACAAAGAGUAA